UGAAGGAUGUCUGUGUUCUAAGUGUUUUAAAUAAUUUAUAUUUUGAAAUUUUUUUUGCCUGUUUUACGUUGGUGAAUAAAACAGCCACGCUGCCCAUACGGACGUAGUAACUAAGAAUUAGUCUGGAGUGUUCUUUUCCUGCAUACCAAAAUUUGAUAUAGUGUCUGUACCCAAGUACAAUAGCAUUUGAGUUUUCAUGAACUUCAAGAAAGAUUUUCAGCUAAAUGAAAAGCAAGAGCACUUGGCUUGAACUACACCCCAUUCCAGAAAGGUCAUAGCUUUUGAUGUCACUUCUCAUUGAAUAUUGGUGGUUGAGUGAUGACAAUGUCGGAAGGAGAGAGAUGGGUUUUGGCUAAAAGAUCAUUCAUGACAGGAAACAGUAGCAUAUGGACUUCAUGAAUGGAUUCUUGCUGAUGGGUUUUGGGUGUUGGGAAAUGUAGAGCUGGAGGGAGGCAUGUUUGUUCACUCUGUCCAGAAGAUUUGGGAGUUUUGGCCACGAAACUGAGGCUCCUCAUUGUCAAAAACAUCUAUUAAUGUUGCAUGUUCAAGGAAAAGAGUAUUAGGACAAAUGCCAAGAAGGAUGGAGCCAAAGAGACAGAGGCUGCCCACUCAUAUCAGCAUUGCCAUGUCAGAGUUAAAAGCCACGUCUGAAGGAAUAGAAGGAACUUCUGUUAUCAAUUUGUUAGGAAGAAUCCUUCUUCAUCCUCUAGCUUGCUGCUAUCUGUAUUUCAAAAUUAGAAAACCCCUCUUUGCUUCUCCAAUUUAGGGCAUCCAUUGUAUAAAAUGGGGCUGAUUCACCUCUCCCGCAUCAAACGCCAACACUGCCGGAAAUUCUGCUGCCCCUGAGGUUGCCGAAUUCAACAACCGUCCCUGAAUCAGCUCUUCAAUCAAAUUACUAGACUAAGCUAGAUCGAGGUAACUAUCUGUUAUGGAAAACCUUGGCUCUUCUUAUCUCUUCGAAGUUAUAAGCUUGACGGUCAUCUCUGGAUAAUCCCCCGUCCCCAAAAUAUACAUACUGUCGACGGGGAGCAUCAGGAUCUGCUGCGUCUGAAGGAUCCUCGAGCACAUGGUGGUUUGAUGAUUUGUUGAUGCCUGAUGCCUGAGAAUUCUGCAGAACGCGGUGGUUUGAUGCGUGAGAAGUCAACUAAAUAAACAAGGUCGGGGAGCAUUCAAAAUGUGAAGCUUAAUGAUGUAGUUGAAGAAGGUAUAAGAAGACAGUUGGAGGAAGAUAUAGAGAAUGGGAUUCCAUCCCCUUGAAAGAAAAUUGAAGAUUCCAUGUGAAUCAGGAGAAUGAGAAUGAAAAAGUUUUGAGGUUGGAAGAAAGCCCAGGAAACGCGUGUUAACAAUUGAGUGGAGUAAAAGGUAGUGGUACCAUGGCUUUGGCUGAGCUGGGGAGCAAAUUCCAUUGGUUAUGGAGGAGGGAUUUGUAUGAGAAUGGAGAAACAGAGUGCCACUUCGGGUUUUAGUGAGAACGAAGAGGGACCGAACCGAAGCGAACCGGUAUUUAUUUAUACCUCGAGGCUCGAACUGCACCGACCAAGUUCGGUCGGUUCGGUUCAACAAUUCCCCCCGACCCGAUUAUAUUAAAAAAAGCACACACACACAACGCAUCCGCAGUGGCGGUGCUCCAACCGCGCGUCUUCCCUCCGACGCUCCCAGGUUUCUUUAUUUUAUCUUUCAAAGCAAAGCUGGCUUUUUCGGCGACACCGAGAAUUUGUUAUCAGUUAUGCAAAUCCCUAGAUCAUUUUGUCGCCUGUUCAGCACUUUCUCAAAAUCACAAAGAGCCAUAAGUAAUUCAACCUCUUUGAAUUCGAUCAAGGAGCUUCACGCCCAGCUUGUAAGAGCCCAAAUGCACAUCGACCCAUCUUCUAUCUCUGAAGUUAUCAAGCAUUAUGCUCUUUCUCCACAAUCUUUGCCCAAGGCCCAUUUCGUUUUUAACCAAAUUCAGCGACCCACAUUGCUAGUUUGGAACCACAUGAUCCACGGUCUAUCAAAGAGCGAUCGACCUAAUGAUGCAAUUCAUUUCUAUAAUACCAUGUAUUACAAAGGAAUACAGGGGAGUCAUUUGACUUUCAUAUUUUUAUUCAAGUCUUGUGCAAGAGUUUCUGAUGUAAGGCAAGGCCAGAUGGUUCGUGUUCAUUCUAUGAAACUUGGGUUUGAAUCCUAUCUUUUUGUUUCAAAUGCCUUGAUUCAUAUGUAUGUGUGCUUUGGUGAGUUGGCCAUGGCACAAAAGGUGUUCGAUGGAAUGUUGGAAAGAGAUGUAGUUUCAUGGAAUUCUAUAAUUUGUGGAUAUUAUCAAUUUAAUAGAUUUAAGAAGGUCUUGGAUCUUUUUAGGGAAAUGCAGGCUAUAAAUGUGAGAGCUGAUUCUGUGACAAUGAUGAAAGCUAUCUCAGCAACCUGCUUUUUAAGUGAAUGGGAAAUGGGAGACUAUUUGGUGAAGUACAUUGAUGAACAUGGUGUUGUGGUUGAUCUCUACUUAGGAAACACUUUGAUAGAUAUGUAUGGACGCCGUGGUAUGAUAGAUUUUGCAGGUAGAGUGUUUUAUCAGAUGAAAGAGAAAAAUAUAGUAUCAUGGAAUGCAAUGAUUAUGGGGUAUGCAAAAGUAGGGAAUUUAGUUGCUGCAAAGAAGCUUUUUAAUGAAAUGCCUUCAAGGGAUGUGAUCUCAUGGACCUCCAUGAUCAUAGGCUAUUCUCUAGCUAAGCAACAUGCUGAGGCAGUGAAGCUUUUUCAAGAAAUGAUGGUGUCUAUGGUGAAACCAGAUGAAAUAACUGUAGCUACUGCACUUUCUGCUUGUGCCCACUUGGGCUCACUUGAUGCUGGAGAGGCAGUCCAUGACUAUAUACGCAAGCAUGACAUCAAAUCAGACGUUUUUGUAGGAAACUCUUUGAUUGAUAUGUAUUGUAAAUGUGGCGUGGUUGAGAAGGCUCUACAGGUUUUUAAUGACAUGAAAACUAGAGACUCAGUGUCAUGGACUUCUAUUAUUUCAGGUCUUGCUGUGAAUGGUUUUGCCGAGUCUGCACUUAAUGUAUUUGAUCAAAUGUUGAAAGAAGGUAUUUGCCCAACUCAUGGGACUUUUGUAGGGGUUUUACUAGCUUGUGCUCAUGUAGGAUUGGUAGACAAGGGAGUGGAACACUUUAAGAGCAUGGAAAACACAUAUAGACUUGCACCAGAAAUGAAGCAUUAUGGAUGUGUUGUGGAUCUUUUGUGUCGUUCAGGUUAUCUGGACAUGGCCUACAAUUUCAUAAAGAAAAUGCCAAUUGUUCCUGAUGUUGUAAUAUGGAGAAUAUUGUUAAGUGCUUGCAAGCUUCAUGGAAAUUUGGUGUUGGCUGAGAUUGUCUCAAAGAAGCUUCUUGUAUUAGAUCCUAGUAACAACGGGAAUUAUGUUCUCUCUUCAAGCACAUAUGCAGGUUCAGAUAGGUGGGAUGAUGUUAUAAAGAUUAGAAAACUGAUGGAAGUGACUAACCUACAGAAACCAUGUGCUUAUAGUUCCAUUGAAGUGAGAAUAUAAGCAUGUAUUUACCAAACGACUUGAAUAACCUGAGUGCUUCUCCAAUGCACUGGUUUACUGGAUCAAUUACUUUGCUGUGAUAUAAAUACCCUCCAGAUGUGUCCAUAUUCUUGAAGGCUGAACUCUCCCAUGCUAAAUGGAUCAACGUUAAGAAAGAUUGUUAUUGUUGAACGAACCUUUACAGAGUUCUAUAAAAGUUUGAAAGCAUCCUUCAUGAUAACCAUAGAAGGUUUUAAAUGUUCUACUUUUGCCUAUAUAAGCCUCUAUCCCCUUUGUUCAGUUUGACUUUGCAUCUACAUAAACCCUCAUGACUAGUCUUUUCAUCAUCUUGGACAAAUCAGUGCAGUGGAUCACUUUAUUUAUGACUUCAAGUACUGGAUGGUAGUUUUCUUAAAAUAUAGCUAUUCUUAUCGCUAAGGGAAGAAGCAGGCUUAAUUAACGUGUCAAAUUUACUAUUGAUGCCCCAUCAAGGAAAGCACUUACUUUUCUUACCAACAGAUGGUUCAUCCAGCAGACCUGGGAUUUAAAUUGCCUAAAAUGUCAGCUUAGAGGGAGGAGCCAUGUGUGAGCCUUAAGUGUUGGUGUUCAUGCUUGUUGACGUGCGAACAUUGGUCCAGAAAAUAAUAUUUUGGACAUGGAAGCUGGACCAAUUGGACUUGUCACUAUGAUGGCUGCUCGUGCGUUUAGUGCACCCUAGAUUGUCAUUAUCAAUGUGGAUGACUAUCAAUUGUCUGUUGCAGAUCAAGAUCAGAUGAAGUUAAAGUUUCAAUUAACAUUCAGGGAAGUCGUUGUGAUUGGUUGUGUUUUGAUACAAAAACACAUGGCCUGUGUGCUUGGAGUUUAUAAGAAGUUGAAAGAUCAAUGUGAAGCCGCUUAUAACACAUGGAUUUGGUUUCUCACUGAAGGAGGUGGAAGAUGCCUUUGAAACCAGUGCUCGUGGUGGUAAUGCUAUUAAGGUCAUGUUCAACUUGCGAAGUCUCAUACUUUGAGAGAUGGACCCGAAAUGCUGUGUUUUGCAUGUCUUAGAUCAAUUGUCCUCAAGAGAAAAAUUAUUAUCAUAAAACAAAUCUUAAAUUUCGUUUAGAACUGGGUUUUAGUUGUAUGUUACUUAACUUCUUUUUGCUCCUAUUCAAGUCUUAGUAAUGGUUGUUAUAAGUUACCGAGCUUUUCUCUUUGUACCUAUCUAUGGCUUAGAUAUGCUCUUUAAACAAUGAGAUGCUUAUGAAUGUUUCAAAAUGAGUAUAUAUGAUGUCACUAUUAUCUAUA